CUAAAUAUAGGGGUAAAAACAAGCUAUACAAAGUACACCUGUCAGAGGAACAGGGUGUACUGACAACGGUGGAGGGCGUGGAAGGAGAAUUGCACCUGGCAAAGAUAUUUAGGAGGAAAGUGCAGAUCACACAUGCUGAGUAGGUGGCUCCUCGACACUGACUCAGUGGAUAGGACAUGGGACUUAGCCAAGAAUCCUGGCUUGUAUUUUUUUUUGACUCUGCCAUAGAUUUGUGUGAUGUUUGGGCUUCUUACCAGAUUGCAAACUACAGCACCCACAGUACGGACUUUAUCAAUGUCACACUCCUUGACUCAAAAAGUUCCAUGCUCUUUGUGGAAACUGGGGCGACUCAAUCAUGUAGCAAUUGCGGUACCCAAUUUGGAGAAGGCCCAGUCUUUUUACAAGAGUGUUUUAGGAGCCCAGGUGAGUGAGGCAGUUCCUCUUCCUGAACAUGGCGUCUACACUGUUUUUGUGGAGCUGGGAAACACAAAGCUAGAACUGCUGCACCCUCUGGGAGAAAAAAGUCCAAUUGCAGGCUUUCUGCAAAAAAACAAGGCUGGAGGAAUGCAUCAUAUCUGCAUUGAGGUUGAUGAUAUAAAAGCAGCUAUGACAGAACUGAAGGAAAAGAAGAUCCGAAUAUUGAGCGAAGAGCCCAAAAUAGGGGCGCAUGGCAAACCAGUGAUUUUUCUCCACCCUAAAGAUUGUGAUGGAGUCCUUGUAGAACUUGAGCAAGCCUGAGCUGUAAUCCUAAAAGAUGAAACUAUGAACUAAUUGCAAACCUAAUGAGAUGGUGUUGGAAUUCGUAUUAUGCCUUGCACUGUGUAAAAGUCAUUGUACUUGAUUCUUUCUUGUUGAUUAAACACAUUACAGCUCUUAA